GCAUGAUACGGGUAUAAGUUUCCUUCUGCUAGAAGCGCUCCUAUCACCAGUUGCCUUUAUCAAAAGAUUAUGCACUAAAUCAAUUCUAAGUGUUUAAUUUUUAUAUUUUUGGUAGUUGGUUACCAGACAAAGCUUCAAGACUCCUUACGGAUGAGAUAGAAAAACUAUUUAAAGACUCACCUACUUGGGGCCAGAUGUCACCAAAUCGCCAGAGACAGAUCUAUUAUGCAUUUAAGGAUAAAUGUGUCUGGCGCUCGGAACAUGAGACGCAGCUAGCCCAAAACUUCAAGAAGAAAGCUCAGCGCUUACUAAGUGACAUGUUAGGAAGGGUUCGUGAAUCUAACAAGAAGCCCAAGUGGAUCCUUCCUGAAAACUAUGCCAAGCUACUUCAUUACUGGGCAACUAAUGAAAGAUUCUUACAACUAAGUGACAUAGGGAAGAAGGCUAGAAAUUCGACAAAGGGUGGCUCCCUACACACUAGUGGGGCUAUGAGCCAAGAGGCCGUGAGGAGGAAGCUGGCAAGUCUACCUUAAGUGUACUUGUAGGAUUGUGAAUUUACUUUAUUUUUUUUAUGUCUAAUCAAUUUAUUCUUUUGUAGGAACUAAAACGGGGGAUGCCAGUGCCUCAAGAUGAGGCGUUCAAGAUCACUCACGUGAAGAAGAAGGCAAACACUAAUGAUCCAGACCAGUGGUGUGAGGAACGGGCUAAGUAGACCUACGUAAGCUUUCUUUUAUCUACUUCAUCUAGUUUGUAUAUGGAUUGAAGUAAACUGAAUACAAGUUCAC